AUAUUAAGAUUUUACAUUUUAAAGAAUGAAUAGCUAUAGAUUUUAAUAUAAUAUAUAUUACAGUAUGUAAUAAUAAUAAUGAAAUAUAGGAUUGGAUUAGGUAAAUAAAGUAGAUUUAGUAAAUAGAGAUUUUUUGAAGUCAUCAUCUGUAGUCCCAAGUGUAGCCUACUGAAAGCGAUUGAUCAUAAUUUAAUAACCGUUUUAUUAGUUUUAGUUUCAUCUAGGCUACUUAAAAGCACUAAGUUCAUAAUAUAAAGUAGGAUAUAAUGAGUUUUUAAUAUCCUAUUUUAUGCCAAUAAAAUGAGGUGGAUGAUAAAGAUGCCUGCGCGCAGGUGCGCGUGAUGCUGCAGGUGCGCGCAGGUAAUCCUCCUCUUCCUCUGACCGUACAGAAGAUGGACGUUUAUCCUUCUACUCUGAGACAACAUUACAUCAGUCUGACCCUCAUCAAAUGUUUUUAAAUCAAUUCGUGCUAUAAAAAUCUUUUUUUUUUCAGGUUUGACAGGGAUUUUUGAAUUGAUACGCCUAAAAUGAAACUCAUCAAUUUAUGAUCGUUGAAGGACGAGAUGAACGAACAGCGGGACUUUAAGCUGUUUUCACUCUGUACGCUUUUCAUCUUUAAACUUUUUGUACUUCAAGGAUUUAUUUGCCAGGAAUCCAGGACAGAAAAUAAAUUGCCCAGGAGGGUUAAUGCACUGCGCCAGAAACGAGAUCUCUUCCGUGAAGAGAGCCUCAGUGCAGUGCUGUCCGAUUCGGCUGUCCCGCGAAGAGUUCUUUAUAAUUAUACAGCAAGGGAUGCAUCGACAGAAUAUUGUGGGUGUCUUAAUGGAGGUUGGUGCCAGGAGGGCGGUCACUGUGAUUGUGCUCAGUUCCAGGGUCUCGGUGAUCGCUGUCAAAUCAUUCCCAAUCAUGGUCAGGACAGGGAUGGCAUUUGUCGUUCAUGGGGUCAGUAUCAUUUUGAGACCUUUGAUGGGAUGUACUACUAUUUUCCUGGAACCUGUUCAUAUAUCCUGGCUAAAGACUGUCAUUCAACAGAGCCACAGUAUACAGUUUGGGUUCAUAACAGUCGUUCAUGUCGAGGUUCAGUCUAUUCAUGUUCUCGUGCUUUGAGUCUGUUCUUUCCAAAUGAAGAGGAAAUCUUUAUUAGCGGCUACCAAGUACUCAAGGGUGGGCAUAGGCUGAGUCUACCGCAGACAGUUCGUAAUGUUUUCAUCGAGCGCUUGGCUGAUUAUAUCCUGAUUAAAAGUACAUUUGGCUUCUCUCUGGCGUGGGAUGGGAGCUCUGGAGUCUACCUCAAAAUGACCGAAGAACACAAAGGAAGGCCUUGUGGUCUGUGUGGAAACUAUAAUGAUGACGGAUCGGAUGAUCUCGGCAGCAGUCGCGGUUUAGUUUCUGAAGAGCUUCAUGAGUUUGGGAACAGCUGGGCGGUAGAGUUGCCUCAGGAGAGAGAGUGUCCCGAGGUCGAUGAUGAUUUCCCCGGACCAUGCUCAUCUGAAUCAGAUAUGGAUGAUGCCAUCGAGAAGUGCAGCGCCCUGCUUUUCUUUCCUUUCGUCUCCUGCCAUGACAACAUUGACCCGAAUCCAUUUGUUGUAAGCUGUGUUUCAGACAUGUGUGUGUCAGAUGAUGAAGAGACUUUCUGUAGGACUUUGGUUGAGUACACAAGAGCCUGUUCUCAUGUGGGAUACCCCGUCAGAGAAUGGAGGGACAGUUUUCCCACAUGCGCGGACAGAUGUGAGGAUAGCUUUGUCCACAGGGAUUGCAUCAGCUGCUGCCCACCAACAUGCACAUUUGACAAGGAGUGUUUGGGCACCAAUCUACAUUGUCUUGAUGGAUGUUAUUGUCCUGAUGGUCUGAUCCUGCAGAACGGCACCUGUAUAGCAAUAUCUCAGUGUCCUUGUGUGUACCAUGGUACAGCUUAUCCUCUGGGUCAUGUAGUGGAGCAAGGCUGCAGCGUCUGUGUCUGUAUGGGAGGGGUGUGGAACUGUACCGAAAACAACUGCACUGCGGAGUGCAUGGUGAUGGGUGACACACAUGUGACCACAUUCGAUGGACGAAUCUUCAUGCACACCGGCUCUUGCCAGUACGUGUUGGUGAAAUCACGCGGCAACACCAAGUUUACCGUCACACUGCAGUACACAGGCUGUGCAGAGGAACAUUCUUGCAUUCAUUCGGUGACUCUGGUGGUGGAUGAAGACAUCGGCAGGCAGGUUACUCUUACCAGAGAAGGAGAAGUUGUUAUUGGGGCCAGUAUGACCGUUAAUCUGCCUUACUCUGAUGACACGGUGAAAGUGCGCAGAUUGACGUCUCUGUUUGUCAGCCUGCGGUCUGUGUUUGGUCUAAGGUUGCAGUAUGAUUGUCAGGGUGGACGGCUCUACCUGCAGCUGGACAGCACCUGGACGGGCUCGACGCUCGGCCUCUGUGGAACUCUGAAUGGCAAUUUACGUGAUGACUUUCUUUCUCCUGCUGGAAUGAUUGAAGGAACACCACAGCUCCAUGUCAAUGCUUGGAAAGUGUCUUCAGCGUGCAUGAGUCCAGUCAACAUUCCCAUAAUCGACCCCUGUGAAAUGAACCAGCAAAAUGUGUUUCAUGCGGCGCAGUGUGAUGUGCUGUUGGAGGAAGUGUUUGCUCCGUGUCACGUCUAUGUGAGUCCAGGCGUGUAUCACCAACAGUGUCGCUAUCAGGCCUGCAGAUGUGGCAGUCGAUGUCUCUGUACCGCGCUGUCGCAUUACUCCUACAUCUGCACCAAACACAACAUGAUUAUUAACUUCAGAGCACACGUCUCUGACUGCGGUAUGGUGUGUUUAGGAGGUAUGAUGUAUCACCCGUGCACAUCAGCAUGUGGGAGAACAUGCCAAUCAAUUAGUUCAGCAGAAGUGUGUGAUGGUGACUGUGCUGAAGGAUGCAGCUGUAUGGAGGGAACGCUCUACGAUCACGCUCGACAACGCUGUGUGUUACUCUCCCAGUGUCACUGUUAUUUCAUGGGUUCAGUGUUUCAGCCUGGAGAAGUUUCUUUCAGUUCCUCAGGUCCAUGUCUCUGUAGAAACGGUCGUAUGGAGUGUGUGCCUGAGGAGAGAGAGCCUGAGAGAGGAGAUUGUCCCAAUAGUAAAGUGUAUUACAGCUGCAGGGGUCAGAGUGGAUCGGGACCCUCAGGUGUGGGCGUGGCCUGUGAACGUACCUGUCGUAACCUGAUGCUGAACCUGACCUGCCCUCCCAUGACCCCGUGUGUACCAGGAUGUGGAUGUCCUGCAGGGCAAGUUGUUCAUAAUGGAGACUGUUAUUACCCAGAAAACUGCCCAUGUGCAUGGCUCGGUCUGGAGUACCUGCCGGGAGAAUCGGUGGACACCCCGUGUUACCGCUGUGUGUGUCACCGUGGCUUUUUUAACUGCACAUAUUCACCAUGUCCAGCAGUGUGUACCAUAUACAGCGACCGUCAUUAUCAUACAUUUGAUGGUCUGGAAUAUGAUUACGUCAGCGACUGCCAAGUCUUCCUUGUGAAGAGUGUUGGUGAGACGGAGAUCUCCAUCAUGGCCCAGAAUAAGGAUUGCUAUGAAAGUGGGAUUGUUUGUAUGAAGUAUCUGCUCAUCUAUGUUGGACUCACCAAAAUCUACUUCAGUGAUAACUCUGGUAAACCUAGUUCAUCUACUGUGGUUGGAAGAGGGUUUGAGUUUCAGCUGUGGGGUGCAGGAUACUACACAGUUGUCCAUUUCCCCGCUCAGGACUUGACUGUUUUGUGGGACCGCAAGACCACCAUUCAUAUUCGUGUUGGUCCACAAUGGAAGGGUCAGCUGAGUGGUCUGUGUGGGAAUUUUGACACGGUCACAGUAAAUGACAUGACCACAGCUGGACACAUGGAGGUCAGUAAUGCACAGGCGUUUGGAGACAGCUGGGCUGUGGGUCAGUGUGAGAGUGAUUUUGUAGUGCGCAGGCCAUGUGAAGGAGACCUCAGCCGCCAGCCGUAUGCCAAGCGUGAGUGUGGUCUUCUCUACAGUGACAUCUUUGCUCCGUGUCACAAUGUGGUAGACGUGACCUGGUUUUAUAAGAACUGUCUGACGGACACGUGCAACUGUAACCGUGGAGGGGAUUGUGAGUGUUUGUGUACCAGUAUAGCAGCGUACGCACACAAGUGCUGUCAACACGGGGUGACGGUGAACUGGAGAUCUCCAACUGUAUGCCCAUAUGAUUGUGAAUACUACAACCAAGAGUUGGGAGAAGGUCCAUUUACUUUGUCUAAUGGCGAGCAGAAUGAAUCAGUGUGUGUGUUUGGGGCAAACGUGAGCAGCGGUGAAGUUUUUCCUCUCCUGAAGACCAGCGCUCAGCCCAGCACCAUCUUUCACUUCAUGAUCACGACUGGAUUAUAUAAAGACCGAGCCUCCCGACUUCCUGUUGUCUCGCUGGAGUCAGCUGAAAGACCCAAUUACUUCCUGUGUGUCACCGGCAACCGCGCAUUACGAUUGGAGCACUGGCAGCCUGGGGAGGAGUUCAGACGACAGGCCACCUUCAUACACCACCAGGGUUUGUGGGUACCUGGUCGAUCCUCCUUUGAACUGCACAGUCAGAAGGGCGUCUUCCUCGCCCUCACACAUACACAAGCACGAGCUCAAAACUAUGACCACACAAACGUCUUCAAAAUCAGCAGCAGCUUUCUCAUUGAGGAGAGCAGUUUUCUGAUCCCCUACCGCUUGAUGUGUGAGUGGAAAUAUCAUGUGUGUGCCAGUCCUUGCGUAAAAACAUGCAAUGAUCCCGAUGCCACACUUUGCCAGUUUUUACCACCGGUUGAAGGUUGUUUUCCACGCUGUCCUAAGCCUAUGUUGCUGGAUGAGGUGACGAGACGAUGUGUAUACAGAGAAGAUUGUGUGAUAAUGUCACCAACACCAACUCCAUACAUGUUUGUGACCCGAUCGAACAGAACCACAGCUGCGCCCACCGCCGUUCCAACGACUACAACCACAACAACUCCCUCCACCACAACAGCAACACCCAGUACAGCUCCGAGUACCACUGCCAGUACCACAGUUGUAACUACGCCUUUGGAAACUGAUGUGAUUAUCAGCCCAACCACACCUACAUUACCACCGACCACUUCCACUUUGGCCACGACCACCGAAACUCCCACAACUCCCUCUCCACCAACCACAGAACCCCCUGUGGUCACUACAGCCCCGCCCACCACCACAACCAUACCCACUACACAACCUACAACGCUGUUUGUCAUCACCUCGACCACGGAGGUUCUGACCACACCCAAGGUCACCACCGAACCAGAGACGUCCCCUCCCACUACCACCGUUUCUUUUACAACCACCCCUUACAUUACAACUGAGACCACGACAGAACCUACCUCAACAACCAUCACCACAGAGACAACAUCCAUCUCCACAACAACCGAGCAGCUCUCGACAACAACAGCAUCACCUUCAACAACCACAGAACUCAUUCCUUCUCCAUCACCCGAAACAACCAGAUUAACAACGGUUCUUCCUCCGUUUCUUCUACCCACAGGGCCCUGCACACCUCCGUAUUCACUGCGUGUGGAUGAGUGCAGCGAGUACAUCUGCUUUAAUGGACAGCUGAUGCUGCACAAUUCAUCUCAACACUGCAGAUACAACAUCAGCCAACCACAGUGUAACCUGCUGGGAACACCCAUCCAGAUCAACACAGACUCCUGCUGCCCACUGUGGCAGUGUCCAUGUCGUUGCUCUAUAAUCUCAGAUCUACGCGUGAUCACGUUUGACGGGAAUAAUGUGGCUCUGUACGAUAUCGGUUCUUACAUUAUGGUCCAUUUACCCAGAGAGAAAAUAGUCGGACACAUUGAGAAAUGUCCCACAAGUGAGAGUGUGAACUACAUCAGACGGCCUACUCCAUCUGGUGGAACAUCAGGUCUGUGUUUUAAAAAGCUAAACAUCACCACUCAUUUAUACCGAAUCAUGAUCAACCGUCUGGACCGUAAGGUCUCAGUGAAUCAGAUUACGGCCCGAUUACCUUUCACAAGGCAGAACUUUCAUAUUGAUGACACCGGGACGAUGUACGUCAUUGACACACCUGGUGGGAUCAGCAUACGGUGGUACCACAGCACUGGUAUCAUGGUUCUGCAAUAUACAGCUCCUGGUAACACAUCCACCAGAGGACUUUGUGGUUGUUGCAACGGUAAUCCGGCCGAUGACCUGCGGCUGCCCAAUGGAACCUUGGUGCGGGAUGUGGAGGACAUUCCCGUGUUUCUGCACGGAUGGAUGGUGGAUACGUCGGAGGACACCGAUUACUUCCGGAGAGUAGGAGACAACUGCACAACGGGCAACUGCUCCAAAUGUUUCACCAUGCUUAACCAGAGACCUUUCUCCAAAUGUCAUCUGAAGGUUUCUCCAGAGAACUUCUGUGAUAAGAUCUGGGCCGGUGAUCUUCAUUAUAAAGAACACGAGUGUGACUUUCUGGCUGCUUAUGUGGCCAUUUGCUACACACAUCAGAUCUGCUUCAGCUGGAGGAGCAGCAACUUCUGCCCGCUCAAAUGUCCUCCUGGUAAGGAAUAUCAACCGUGUGUAAACACCUGCAAGACCCGAACGUGUCAGAACCGCGAUUAUUACGAGGAAAGCACCUGCUCGUCAAUCAGAGAGGAGUGUGUUUGUAAAAGUGGUACCAUCUUGCACCGAGCAGACUCGGCUUUCUGUGUCACAGAAGAGCAAUGCGUGUGCACGGAUAACGACGGUUCCCCGCGGGCUCCGGGAGAGGUGUGGAACGGUUCGCUGCGCGGCUGCUGUUUGUUUAAGUGUCUAGAGAACGGCAGCGUGGUGCCGGUGGAGCCCGACUGCAGUUAUGAACCCUCGCCGCUGUGUGAAAGAGACGGAGAGUAUGCAGUCGCUGUGCUGGAGGAAGGAGUCUGCUGCCCAAAGAAGAUCUGUGAAUGUAACUUAACCAUUUGUCAGAAUGAAGUGCCCAGCUGUGAGAAUGGAAACAAACUGGUGAUCGGAUACAGCGCUGUUUCAUGCUGUCCUGAGUACAGAUGUGAAUGCGAUCCGCUGUCAUGCCCGAGUGUCCCAGCACCGUUCUGCAGAGAAGAUCAAUUUCUGGUUGAGGUCAGAGGAGAACACAGCUGCUGCUACAGUUACCUGUGUGUAUGUGAAUCCUGUAUAGAGCCGAUUCCAGUGUGUUUACCUGGAGAGAUACUGGCUGUGGAUAUGAACACAACCAAUCACUGCUGUCCACAGUAUCACUGCGUGUGUGACAUGAGUUUGUGUCCUGAUUCGAGUGUAAGUUGUGCUCCAGGAGCUGUGAUGAUGAAGAGACCCGUGCCUGAGAGAUGCUGCCCGGAGUCCCACUGUGAAUGUCAGUGUCAUAAUAUCACACAUCCUGUCUGCACUGUGGGAGAGGUCAGGGUGGAUGAGCCAGAAUAUGAUGGUCUGUGUGGAUGCCCGCUGUAUUCCUGCAAGAAGGCCGAGGUGUGUCUGUUUCAGGGCGUGACAGUGUUGAACCCGGGUCAGUCUAUGGUGCAGUAUUUCGAGGGUGAGCUCUGUUAUAAUGUUCAAUGUCUGACACAUAAAGAUCCCGGCACUGGCUUCUACGCCAUGGAGGUCACCACUGCCAACUGUUCUGAGAAAUGUGAACCUCACCAGAUUUAUGUUCCCUCCUCUGAUCCACACAUCUGCUGCGGGUCCUGCAAAAACAUCUCGUGCUCAUAUCCCGCUGAAAAUGGAACUACAGAAGUAUUUAUGGCAGGUAGCUCGUGGGUGGCUAACUGUACACGGUUUGACUGUUUAGAGACUGCAGUAGGUGCAGUCGUUUUGGCGUCUGGAGUCGUCUGCCCUCCGUUCAAUGACACCGAGUGUAUUCAGAAUGGAGGUGUAGUCCAGACGUAUGUGGACGGCUGCUGUAGGACGUGUGCUGGACUCGGUUUGUUGCCAUUUUCCGUUAGUCCAGUAACACCCACUGCUAGUACUAACUGUGAUUCAGGCAAAGAAGACGGUAAGACCUGUAAGAGAGUCGCCAUCAGGACCACCAUCAGAAAAGACGACUGCAGAAGUAACGCACCUGUGACUGUUUACUCAUGUGAUGGAAAAUGUCCAUCAGCCACCAUCUUUAAUUUCAACAUUAAUAGCCACGCUCGUUUCUGCAAAUGCUGUCGUGAAAACGGCCUCCAGAAUCGCAUCAUUCAGCUGUAUUGUACUCGAAAUGCCACGACAGUGGACUAUUACUACCAGGAGCCAAUGGACUGCACAUGCCAGUGGAACUGACGAUAGGAUGAUAUCUCUGCAUAACUGUAAAACUACUAACACCAUUGAUGUAUUUGUUGUGUCAUUGAUACCUAUAAUUUAUAUCGAUAUCAAUCAAACCUAUAUUUAGCAAAAAAUACGGUUAAAAACGGCUGUUAAACUAGUGCACUGUUUAGAUGAUCAAUUAUUAUCAUGUCGAAAAAUUAAAUGACACGGGGAAUAGUAUUAUUAGUACCAAUAUGCCAUAAACACUUCAUUUAUACAACUUAAGAUAUAUUUAGAUUAUGCUUUGUUUUAAACUUUAUACUUUUUUACUAUUUCUUUAUCAAUUUGGUACAUUAUAGGACAAUAAUUAACAAGCUUUCUUAAGUACAGAAGGGCUUUGAGAAAUAAGAUCAUUUUUACUUUAUUACUAUUUUUGGCUGCAUCUCAAAAAUAAUCAAUCAAAUUCAACAUGAUAAACUUGAAUUCCCAUUUUAUAGCCAUAAUGCAACAAAUAUGUUUUAGCAGUAAAUUUUCUUGAAAUAUGCUUUUCAUCAUUGCAUUAGUCUAUGAAGUUGAAGUAUGAAGUUUCAUGUUACUGUAAUUGUUUUUUGAUAAAUAAAUAAAAUACAAAAACUUUGU